UUCAUUCGAAUAAAAGAUAACUAGCGGAGCAGUGUAAAACUUUUUCCGUUCUCGUGUCCAGUCACAUACAGUUCGGAAUCAUUGUCCUCGGUUGUUCGGUCGGUCGGGCGGUCUGUAAAAGUAAAAACAUCGUCAUAGUAGGUUCCAGGUUGUAAAAAUUAAUUCCGGCGGUGAUCCGGCCUCAUGAAAAGGUUUUUCGGGUGAAUCUUGUGGAAAUCGAGCAGGCCUCCUCUAGCUGCUGAAGUGCUUGCUGAUGGCUGAUGGUGGUGCACAAAUUGGUCAUCACAGGUUUUUUGUGUGUGGUUUUUUAGUGCUCUCGGAUUGAGAGAAGGAUACAACAUACAGGAAUCAACUCGCAAGAAAGAGAUGCAGUAGAAAAAAAUACAACGAAGAGCUCUGGAAAAUAAAAAGUUUCCCGAUGAUGAGAUUUUGUGAUGAUGUCUGUAUUUAUGAUGUGCACCCUUGCGAUUUCGAUUAAUGAAAACCAAUAUUAAUUUUUCGUAAUAUUUAUCAAGUGCAUAUAUUGAGGUGGCCUUUAGAACAACGGGGUUUGUCAGAGUGUGCUGGAAUUCCGGUGUUGACCAAUCCCUCCCGUCGGUGGAGAAAGAUUAGAUAAGCAAUCUGCCACAAGUUGUGCCAUUCAUAUUGGUGUGUGAAAAUUACAAAGGUGGGAUUCCUUAUUUUGAAAAUAUAAUCCCAGAUCUCCAUUCCACCGAUAACACGGUGGCUAAUUUCGACACGGAACUGGAGUCAAAAGUGGACAAAAUUUCACAUCACCUGGAAGAACAGCAGCCCCGUCUCCUCCAGACGACAACGGCAGCGGUGGACGGCGCUGGAAGAAGCAGAAGCAAGAGCAGGGAAGGCCGCCCGAAGAAACCAGGUGCUUCCUGAAAAAUGCCUCCACCACCGCCGCCGCCUGGGCCACCUCCACCUCCUGGGCCUCCACCUCCACCGGCGUUAAAACUCGGUGGCGGUGCACCCUCCGGAGAUGGGCGCAAUGCCCUGUUACAGUCAAUUCAGAAGGGAACGAAACUAAAGAAAACGGUCACGGUGGACAAAAGUGGACCCCUCAUUCAGGGCAAGGUCAGUGGAGGCGGCAGCCCCGCGAUAGGAAAUCACAGGGGACCUUCGGCGAGCACCACUGCCGAAAGCAAUGGAUCUGCUGAUGGAGGAAGCGGUCCAAAAUUGGGUGGUAUCUUCGGGGGACUAUCGUCAAUGCCAAAGCUGAAGCCGGUCGGCAGCAGAGGCGCACAAUCAACCGCACCAUACGCCGGCAACAACAACAAGUCACCAUCGCCAGAGAACACCCUGCGGACCAAUAAUAAUCGGUUAGCGGGUGCCAGUGCCGGUGGGGGAGGAAACGGUGGCGGUACGAUGGACUUUGCAGAUGAGCUGGCAGCCAAGUUGACGCUCAAGAAGCAGAAAAACAACAAUAACAGUAAUAACUCAUCAUCUUCGGGAAGUAACAACAGCAGCAAUCACGUGCCGGUAACGGAGAAUAACCUACGAACGAACCGAGGUCCUCCCCCACAGCCCCCGACUCAACUAAAGAACGCCAAUGAUUCACCGACGGCAGCCCAAGGAAGGAGUGGCUAUUCCAGCCAGAAGAGUCAAGCACCGUCGACGCCCAGUCCUUCGCCCUCGAACGGAUCUACCGCAUCCGCAGUAACUAGUCCCGUUGGAAGCAGUCUUCUACCAAACAGAUCAACUCUAUUUGGUGGCGGCAGCAGCAGUGGUAGUAGUAGUCCGGUUCCUCCGCCGCCAGUGCCUCAGACGCAACCUAGCGUUAAACCGGUGCCCAACUAUGGCAAACCAAACCUAGCCCCGAAACCGCCAGGAAUGCAGCUGAAUGUGAGCGGCAGUAGCAACACUUCCAAUAGCAGUGGCGGUGGAUCCAAUCGAAAUAUGGUUGGUAGGCAUCACAGUAUGAGGAGUCCAAGGUCUCCACCGGUUGCACCGAAUGGGCCUGCUUUCCCAAAUCAUUUUGGCACGUUGCGUGGACCACCUUCGAGCUUCCAGUCUUCGGAAUCCCUGUCAAGGACAAACAACCCGAUAGGUCGACCUGCUGCGCCCCCUCCCAAACCACCGGUCAUGAAGCCGCCACCACCUCCUCCGGUCCGAAGCGUAUCGAACACAAACCUUUCGCAUUUACCCCUUAGUUUGGCUCCUGAAGCACCAGAGCCGAACUUCGGUUCCGCCAAUAACGUGGUCAGUGCUGUUGCUGACGAGCUCAAAUCGAAGCUAAACAACAGCGGUUCCGCCAACAACGUUGCAACGCUCACCAGCACAACCUCUUCUAAUUCUAUAGUAUCCAACAGUCAGCUCAGCAUCGCUAGCACCAAAACCAUUAGCAGCGGCAGUAUUAAAUCAACGGCAGCACCACCGCUGCCCCCGCAUCGGACGUGCCCAGCUCCACCUCCACCGCAACUUCAAGCAAACAACACCAACAAUAUCAGCGGGGAAGCACCACCGCAACCUCCGCAGCGAAUUUCGUCUAUGCGACAGCAACAAAUGCAGCAAACGCAGUCCGGCGCCAGCAGUCCGAAUAGUCAAAGCUCAAACCUCCAUCGGAAGGAAACCAUGCUCGGAGCAACGGUAGCUGCCCCGGAGCGACGGAAAGCGUCUGUUACCCCACGACAGGAGAUUGACCUCGAAGCCAAGUAUUCUUUCUACUUCCGAAAGGUGACCGAUUUCCCGGCACCGAUACCCUUUCUCAAUGUGGCCAAAAUCAACACCAUGCGACCCCAGGGUGGUCAACAGCAACAGCAGAAACAGCAUUAAUGAUUCCAAGGCGGUUCAACCAACAGAUGGCGAACAUUGACAGUGUGAUAUGUGAUGAUGAAGGCCCAAAAUGCUCGUUUCUAUUUUUCGGCUACGCACAGUCGGGCGCUAAAUGAUCGUCCUUUGGUAUUGUGUAACAGGCUAUGCGUGGAAAGUUUUUUUGAAAGCUCCAUCGGGCGAUUUCCACGUAGCAUCUGGUUUAGGGACUCUAAGUGUGAGCUACUUAAUCACACUAACACCGCAUUGUGGGCAAUAGCAGCUGAGAAAUCUAGUACAUUAAGAUUCAGUUAUAGAGGAACACACAUUACAUAAAUGUCACGCUAUCAAUGAGUCAUAUCAAAGUUUACACACAAUAGAUAUGUAUAGCAAACCUCCUCCUUAUACCGAACGAAACCCAACCAGCAGCAAACCAACAGAAUCAUUUUAUUAGGAUAUCUUUUCCAAUGCAACAGUAGGACAACUAUUGUAUUUGUGUAUAGGUAUAUGGUCAAUCUCUUAUGACUUCUUUCAACUAUACAAAAUGAAUAAUACAUUUUUUCGGUUCUAUGAACAAAAUCAUAAACAAACAUAGGUCAAGCCAAUUGUCCUUAUAACCGUUGACUAGAAAUCUAAAAGUAAUGAGCAACACAAACUUUGUGGCAUGGAAACAAUAACACACAAAUCUUUAGGGAGUUGUAUUCGAAGCAAAUAUAAUGUUGAGUAAAACUAUUUCGAUCGUCAAGCAAGCAAACAAUCCGCAUCGCAUCGCGAGAAGGAAAAUCUUUAAGCAUCGUUACGCGUAAAGUAAUAAUCUUUAUUAAUUUUAUUGUUAUUUUUUGUACAUACUAUAAAUAUAUUUAAUCCUUCUGAUGUUAGCAAUAAAGAAGAGAAAGAUUUUAAUCUAAUCGAAUCAGAAA